CGUGAGCAAGAUGACAGCUGGGAACCUGGCCAUCUGCGUGGGGCCAAACCUCCUUAGCCCACCCGGCGAGCUGCCCCUGGAUGUGCUGGCGCACGAGACGGGCAAGGUGACGCAGCUCGUGCAGUUCCUGAUCGAGCAGCAGGAGGAGCUCCUUGGGGAGGAGGUGUCCGGGCUGGCCAGCGGCGGGGACGAGGAGGCACCAGCCCCGCCAGCAGAGGCAGAAACAGCAGAGGUGCCUCCUGUCGCUGCUGAAAGCGGGCAACGGAACAGCUUUUGCGGGGAGAAAAGGUAAAACUACCUAGUUCUGCUUGUUUCAAGGUAAUCAUGGCUUCAGCUGUCUAACAAUACUGUUGGAUGGAAAGGUUGCCAGGCUCUGCAAGAGGGAGCAGAAAGCGGCCAGCAGCCUCUGAAGAGGAGAGUGGUGGGCCACCACGUGCAAAGAAGAUCAGGUUGUCCACCGAGCCCUUUUCAGGGAUGGGCAACUGAAAGCAGGGCAAGAAGAAGGAGGAGCCUGGGUAUGUAGCAGACCCUGUUUUCCAUCUUUCUAAGUUUUGCGUGUAGGAAAUAUUCCUGAGGUGCACAGGAUGG